AUGUUACAGGCGCAUGCGCCGAGCGCCUACUUUCGGUUCAUCCCCUCUCGUGCCAUUAUGAGUUAUAUAAGGAAAUAUCUUUUAAUAGAGGAACACAAAUCGUCGAAUUUUAGCUGUCGUUCGAUAUCUUCUAUUCUCGAAGCUGCUAAUAAUGCCGAGGAGCUCCUCUGCUUUAGCAGUAGUAGUAGUUGUUGUUGUUGUGGUUUUUUCUUAUUCUUUCUCUUCUUCUACACCUCCCCUUUUUUCUUCAUCACCAUCAUCAUCACCAUCAUCAACUUCUUCGUCUUCUACUUUAUAACAUACCGUUGUUGUUUUUGUUAUUAUAAUAGUUAUUGUUGGUGUUGUGGUGGUUAUUGUUGUUCUUGUUCUUCUUAUUAUUAUUGUUCUUCUAAACCUGCCCUUUUUCAUCAUCAUCAUCAUCAUCAUCAUCUUCUUCUUCUUCUUCUUCUUCUUCUUCUUCUUCUUCUUCUUCUUCUUCUUCUGUUGUUACUGCGUUUCCUUAUUUAUUCCUUCAUUCCGUCUUUCAUUCUUAUUUAUGUUUACUCAUUACACUUUCUUCGAUUUCUACCGCUCUUUUCCUCUCCUUCACUAGUUCUUGUAUUUCUUUUGCUUGCAUUCAUUUACCUCUUUUUUCCUAAUAGAUUUCUGUCUAUCUAUCUAUCUAUCUAUCUAUCUAUCUAUCUAUCUAUCUAUCUAUCUAUCUAUCUAUCUCAGUCUGUUCAUUAUCUAUCUAUCUAUCUAUCUAUCUAUCUAUCUAUCUAUCUAUCUAUCUCAGUCUGUUCAUUAUCUAUCUAUCUAUCUAUACAUACAUAUACAGGCAAACUUCCUUUUCACCCCCUACCUUCUAAAGCUCUUUAUCUUAAUUCCACGGCUUACAAAAUAUUCAGUGAAACUGCGGAAUUUGCUGUUACUGUGAAACCUUCUGACCAUCAUAUAAUCCAUUUGUUUGUAACUGGCAAUGCAUUACUCUUCGUACGACCUUUUUGGAUUCCAUCCUUCUCUUUCCUUUCUUUCUUUCUUCCUUUCUUUCUUCCUUCUUUCUUUCUUUCUUUCUUUCCUUCCUUUCUUUCUUUCUUUCUUUCUUCCUUCUUUCCUUCCUUCCUUUCUUCCUUCCUUCCGUGGUUUCUUUCUUUCUUUCUUUUUCCUUCAUUCCUUCCUUCUUUCUUUCCUUCCUUCCUUCCUUCCUUCCUUCCUUCCUUCCUUCCUUCCUUCCUUCCUUCUAUUUUAUUAUGUGACAACGAUGUAAAUCUAUCUAUCUAUCUAUCUAUCUAUCUAUCUAUCUAUCUAUCUAUCUAUCUAUCUAUCUAUCUAUCUAUCUCUUCCUCUCUCUCUCUCUCUCUAAAUAUAUAUAUAUAUAUAUAUAAUAAAAAGGCUUAA